GUGCAUUAACAUGGGUGAUGAGAAUGUUGCUGCUUCGUCUCAUUUUGGUUUGAUAUCUCAAGAGGACCAUCUCUGGUUCAGUUUCCUUGAACUAGAAGCUGCUUAUACUCAUAGCGUUCUGGAGGAUCCUUCUAUAUCACAGUGUGUGGAGACACCGCCUCAAAUCCAAAAUCAAAACCGAGUGGUCGCAGCAGAAAUGGAAUGCGAAUGUGAAUACGGUAGUGAAGCGCACCGAGCAGCCUCGUUGAGUAGGUUCCGUCAAAAGAGAAAACGACGAUGUUUUGCUAAUAAAAUAAGAUACAAGACACGCCAAGAAGCUACUCUAAGGGUACAUCGUAGUAAGAGCCAGUUUAUUUUAUCCAAAAUCCAUGAGUCAGAGCAAGAUGUCAUUCACUCCGAGAUAUUAUGCUGUAACUGUGGCAUUAGCUCAAAAUGCACCCCUAUGAUGCGGCGAGGGCCAUCUGGGCCAGCCUCACUUUGCAACGCUUGUGGCCUGUCUUGGGCAAACAGGGGUGUCUUCAAUUAUAAGAAAGCAAUCUAAUACAUGCAAAUGGUUAAGGGAGAAAAUAUAAGAGAUCUGAAUUAUAAGUAUCUGUUGGACAGAAUAGCUUGUGGGAUAGAAAUUUGUCUUCUGUUAGGUUAAUUGCAUAGGAUCGAUAUAUACAUUCUAUUAAAAGAUAAUUUACGUAUAAUAAGAAAUUAUUAAUAAAUUUAUUUUAUGAGUUUUAGUUGUAGAUAUGCAACUCGUGUAAUUAAGAAAUUAUACAUUAAAAGAUUGUGAAAAUAUUCAG